GGAAGGCUUGACUUUCUCUGGGAUUCCCGAUCUGCAGUGCAGAGCAAAGCAGAGAAACGUGUGGAAGCAGCUGCUGGGCUCGCAGGCGCUCUCUAAAGGGGAUUUAAGCCGCAGAGAGCGAGAGAGGCAGGGACCGAUUCACCGAUCUGAAUUAAAUACUCUCUCUAAAUAAAAAUCUACCCUUUUGAGUCUGAGCCUUUGCGUCAGGUGACAGCAGACAGCGCAAAGUAUGUGGUAUUCAGGGGAACCCCCAACGCAAUGGUGGAGUACCUCUGCCAGAUAAGGAAGCAGCCAAUGAGGAGUUAGGAGGACAUGUUUUGAGAGGCAGAAUGGGGAAACAAAAUAGCAAACUGGCCCCUGAAGUGAUGGAGGAUCUGGUGAAGAGCACGGAGUUUAACGAACAUGAACUCAAACAGUGGUACAAAGGAUUUCUAAAGGACUGUCCUAGUGGUAGACUGAACCUUGACGAAUUUCAGCAGCUUUAUGUAAAGUUUUUUCCAUAUGGAGAUGCUUCAAAAUUUGCCCAACAUGCCUUCAGAACCUUUGAUAAGAACGGCGAUGGAACCAUUGACUUCAGAGAGUUCAUCUGUGCAUUGUCCAUCACCUCAAGGGGUAGUUUUGAACAGAAAUUAAACUGGGCCUUUAAUAUGUAUGAUUUAGAUGGAGAUGGUAAAAUUACAAGAGUGGAGAUGCUGGAAAUUAUAGAGGCCAUUUACAAGAUGGUGGGUACUGUGAUAAUGAUGAAAAUGAAUGAGGAUGGUCUCACGCCAGAGCAACGAGUAGACAAGAUUUUCAGCAAGAUGGAUAAGAACAAAGAUGACCAGAUCACACUGGAUGAAUUCAAAGAAGCUGCAAAGAGUGAUCCUUCCAUUGUAUUACUCCUGCAGUGUGACAUUCAAAAAUGAGCUAAUGUAAAAUGCAUUAUGGACUGCACAGAAGUUUAGAUGUUCCAUUCAGUUUGCAGCUAUUUCCACACACAAAAAUUGCUUGGACUACCUAUAAAUGGACUUGCUUCUUGUGUUUGAAACACUUGUGUGCAUGAGAAUGUCAUUUGCUAAAGAAUUUUAAAAGUAUAUAUUAUAAAAAUAAACUGCCACAAUGUGAUGUGUGCAAUGUCAUUUCAUAACAGUCCUAUUCCUCUGAAGCCUGUGCAGCAGUACCGUGCUGCAGUGAAAUUAUACUAUUGAUUGUUCGUUUUACUGAUGCUAGCUAUGUGUCUCCUAGCCUGAGUAAUGUUAGUGGCACUGACUUCCCAUGGUAAUGUAACUGUUGAUUAUAAACCAUGUCACCAUUCUGCUGUAAAGUAGUACUGGACAGACAGAGGCAAAAGUUCCUCAGUUCACGAGUCUGAUCCACACAUGUGCUUGUAUUGUCAGUGAAUAUAAAUGUAAUUCAUUUGCAUGCCUUUUAGGUUUGCCUUAAUUCUUACCUCAUUUGCAUCCUUUCAAUCUGGAAAGAGCUAUGUCAGAGGAAUGCAGUAUAAACAAAGUUAAGUAAAUCCUGCUAAAAUGUUCCCUUAAUUAAAAAGUAUAUAUACGUUUAAAAUAUUGUUUUACUGGAAGUUUAAAAAAGUUUUAUUGGAAGUAGAAUGAUUUCUGCUUGAAUUUUCAAAAGCUUCUGAAGAGGUUGCAAUAUAUGUCCCAAAAUAAAUUUAUAACAUUUGACUUUCCCCCCCUAAUUCUUAUUUCACAUUUUUAGCAUGUUGCUAUUGUAGGAAAAAAAUAUGAUUCAGUCACUACAAGAAUCUGCCACUACAAAGCUGGAAAAUACUUCACUAUGAAAACAAUGUAAAUUGAACUGGAAAUAGAACUUAAUUCUUAUCCAAACUGCCUUAUUUGAUUAAUCGUCUUAUAUGAAAUCAAAUACUGUGGUUCUCAAAUGCAUCAGUAGGGACAGAUUCUCAUCUGUACAAGUCAGAAAGAAAAUAGCUGGUAAGAACACAAGAGAGCUCACCCACAAAAUUCUUCCUUAUCCACAGGUAUUCCAGUACAGUAAAACCUGUGUUAUCUGGCAUGCUAGGGGAAUUAGGGUGUUCUGGUUAUCUAAAAAUUCUAGUUAUCUGAGGGUCCCAUCAACCUAGGAAAAAUGAAUGUACAAUAACAGUAAAAUUCAAGUUUUUAAAUGUUGGUAGUUUUGUAGUGUGAGGCAGUUGGUCUCACAUUUCUAUUUUGAGUUAAAGAUGAUUAGUACUUCUUAAA